AUGUACGCCGACGAUGUGGUCAUCUUCCUCAAACCUACUCACCUAGAUAUUGACACUUGCGCGGUGGUGGUUAAGGACUUCGGGAAGGCCUCGGGCCUUCACACCAACCGAGCCAAGAGCUCGGUCCACCCCAUCCGGUGUAGCCCGGACCAGGUGGAGCUGGCACGCGCCAUUCUUGGUUGUUCCGUCGCGGACUCGCCCUGCCAGUACCUUGGCUUGCCGCUUGGUCUGCGCAAGCCUUCGGCAGCUCAGCUUCAGUCGGUGGUGGAGAGCGCGGCCAAGCGGCUGCCCCAGUGGGGUGCCCGUCUGCUGAACCGCGGUGGAAGGACCAUCCUCGUCCAGACCACGCUUAGCGGCAUACAUGUCCAUGCCAUGAUGUCCUUGGACAUCUCCCCAAGGCUUUGCAAGCUCUCGGUAAGGUGUGUUGCGGUUUCAUGUGGAAGGGGUGGGCUGACGUCAGUGGCGGGCACUGUCUGGUGGCAUGGGAUAAGGUGA